AAGCCGAACUCGCUCGCUCGCUCGCUCCCUCCCUCCCUCCCUCUCCGGUUGUCUUUUGGUGGUGCUGCAAGCAGCCAUGUUGCCGCGAGCUUGUUCCGGUAUGAGCGCUGGUAGCUGCGUUUAGACCACAUUCGGACGCAGCUCGUCGCCUGGCUCCCCCCACCCGACUCUUCCCUGGAAGCCACAGUCCCAUCGAUGAUGGAUCGUACGAGCUGAUUUCAAAAUACAUGCAGUCGGCCAAGCUGCUGGAGGAUCAUCGUCAUCAUCCUCGGGGACCGAGGCUCGGCAGAUUUCGGCCACACCGCAGUGCAGUGCGGUACUGGUGAACGAUCUUAUUAUUCAUAUGAACGCGAGAGACGCCAGGGCGGCGCUGCCUCGGCUGGAUAUUUUGGACUUUGGUGGCUCGCUUGUGUGGCACCGGGCUCCUCUUCCUCCUCUGCCGCCGCCUGUGGCCGCUGGAGCGUUAGCGGCUAAGCGAACUAGCCCAGUUAGCUCCGCCUUGAAGCCAAGUCGGGCUAGAUCGAUGGGCUAACAACAACAACAACAAAACAAACAAAAAAAAAAACAACCAUCUGGAAAAAAAGUAAUUUUCAACCGGGCCAAGUUAUGGUUUUACACCGUGGCGCUUUUAUUUGUUGGAUACCCCUCUCUGGAUAUCUCACCGGGGACGAUUGUUUCGUGUGAGUUGGCAAGGUCGGCACGGGGACCCUCUGAGAAGAACUUCGGCCUGAAAGUUUUUGUUUCGACCUGCCUCCCCCCACCCCAAGGAUAGGACCGUCUUGUGAAAAACAACAACAAAUAACAACACGGGCCCCGAUGACAAACUCGUUUUGAGGAAACACGGUGGCACUUUGUCGUCUGUUCACUCGGCGUUUUUGCUGGCUUUAGCAUGCUAGUCACCUAGUGGAAACUUGUCUCGUCAACGCAACCCCAUUAGCCAUUUUCUUCCUUAGUUGCCACCGAGGUGGUUUAAAAAAAAUCAACCCCAAAUCUGCACCGUGACGUUCUUUUUAUUUUUAUAUUUACUGUUGACAAACAUGGGACGUUCGGUUGACGAGCUAGCGGGCUAAGUGAGUGAGCCGCCGAUGUGGGAGCCAACUUGUUGAUUCACGGGCAAUCUGACGUGUUGCUAGCACCGGGGCUCUUCCCCCCCCCCCCCCCCCCCCCUUCCCACACCCCCAUUUUGUACCCACGCCGAUCUUAAAUGUACAAAAGCCACUGAAGUUUCUUAUUUUUUUUUUGUGCGGGGGGGAGGGGGAGAGGGGGUCACUUCUCCUCCUUUUUUUGCAACCAACAACCCCUCGUCAAGUUGAUCCAAAAUGUCAACAAGGACCCCACUCGGGCAAGUCAUUGAAAAUUCCUCUGGGCAGGACUCCAAGUCAUUGUCCAGCCGCUCCAGCAUGCCGCGAUGUCGGAACUCACUCACGACGACCACGCCGGACGACCAGCCGCACAUCGGCAACUAUCGCUUGCUGAAAACCAUCGGCAAGGGCAACUUCGCCAAGGUCAAACUGGCGCGCCAUGUCCUCACUGGAAAGGAGGUGGCUGUUAAAAUCAUUGAUAAGACACAGCUGAACUCCUCCAGUUUGCAGAAGCUCUUCCGGGAGGUGAGGAUCAUGAAGAUGUUAAACCACCCCAACAUCGUUAAGCUUUUUGAGGUGAUCGAGACCGAAAAGACUUUGUACUUGGUAAUGGAGUACGCGAGUGGAGGCGAGGUGUUUGAUUACUUGGUGGCUCAUGGCAGGAUGAAGGAGAAAGAAGCCCGUGCCAAAUUCCGACAGAUUGUGUCAGCAGUGCAGUAUUGCCAUCAGAAGUGUAUAGUACACAGAGACCUCAAGGCCGAGAACCUGCUCCUGGAUGCAGACAUGAACAUCAAGAUAGCGGACUUUGGCUUUAGCAACGAGUUCACGCUGGGGAACAAGCUGGACACGUUCUGCGGUUCCCCGCCGUACGCCGCUCCCGAGCUUUUCCAGGGCAAGAAGUACGACGGGCCCGAGGUGGACGUGUGGAGCCUGGGCGUCAUCCUCUACACACUCGUGAGCGGCUCCCUGCCUUUCGACGGACAGAAUCUCAAGGAGCUCCGAGAGCGCGUUCUGCGUGGCAAAUACAGGAUUCCGUUCUACAUGUCAACUGAUUGUGAGAACUUGCUGAAGAAGUUCCUCAUCCUCAACCCCUCGAAAAGAGGCAGCCUUGAGCAGCAGAUAAUGAGGGACCGAUGGAUGAAUGUAGGGCACGAGGAAGAGGAACUCAAACCCUACAUUGAACCGCAACCAGAUUAUAAGGACCCGAGGAGGACAGACAUUAUGCUGCAGAUGGGAUUCUCUCAGGAGGAGAUCCAGGACUCACUGGUGAAUCAGAAGUACAAUGACGUGAUGGCGACCUAUCUGCUACUGGACUAUAGGAACUCUGAGCUGGAUGAGGGCGGCAUCAAGCCUCGGCCCGGAAGUGAUGUAAGCAACAUAAAUGCCCCCUCCCCGCCGCACAAGGUACAGCGCAGUGUGUCAUCCAACCAGAAGCCCCAAAACCGAAGAGCUACUGAGCAGGGCUCCUCCUACUCAAAGAGAGGGGGGCAAGCAGACAACCGGAACGCCGGAGAGGAUUGCGGGAGGAAAGGCUCGUCGGGUAGCUCCUCUACCAAGGUGCCCGCCAGCCCCUUGGCCUCCUCUGACCGCAAGAAGAGCGCCACGCCCUCCACCAAUAGCAUCCUGUCCACUGGCACUGGCCGCAGUCGGAAUUCUCCUCUGACUGAGAGAGCCACGCUGGGUCAGGGCAUCCAGAAUGGCAAGGACAGCCUUAACACUCCGGGUUCCCGUGCCUCCACUGCUUCAGCCGCCGCCGUCCUCUCCUCCUCCUCCUCCUCCUCCUCCUCCUCCUCGCGUCCCCGCCACCACAAGUCCUUGUCCUCCUCCAAUCAUCCAUGCCCCUCUGACCUGCAUGCAUCACGACCCAGCGCCCCGCCUCAACGGGCGCCUGGCGCCUCACCGUCAGCUCACAACAUCAGCAGCGCCGCGGUGACGGACCGCACCAACUUCUCCCGAGGGGUGGGCAUCCGCAGCACGUUCCACGCGGGCCAGCAACGGGGGGCCCGGGACCAGCAGGGCUCGGCCUACCCCGGCGGGCCCGCGUCCCCGUCGCUGUCGCACGGCAACAGCCAGGCCCGGAGAACGCACGGGGCCACCGGGAUUUUCAGCAAGUUCACGUCAAAGUUUGUACGCAGAAAUCUCUCGUUCAGGUUUCCAAGAAGGUCCAUGCUGAGCAGCACCGCGGACAAGUCUGAGAAGACGUCCGGCGGCGUUCUCUCCUCCUCUUCCAACAACGACGAGAACAAUUCCUCACCAGGGUCCGGGAACACCGGCGGCACGGGCACGCCUCCCGCCAUCGCCGGGCAGAAAGACUUAGCCAAGCCGCGCUCGCUGCGCUUCACCUGGUCCAUGAAGACCACGUCGUCCAUGGAGCCCACGGAGAUGAUGCGCGAGAUCCGCAAGGUGCUCGACUCCAACAGCUGCGAGUACGAGCUCCGCGAGCGCUACAUGCUGCUGUGCAUGUCGGGGAACCCGGCGCGCGACGACUUCGUCCAGUGGGAGAUGGAAGUGUGCAAGCUGCCCCGGCUCUCCCUCAACGGCGUGCGCUUCAAGCGGAUCUCGGGCACGUCCAUCGCCUUCAAGAACAUUGCGUCGAAGAUCGCCAACGAGCUCAAGCUGUGAGCGGCGAGGAGAGCGGACGGAGGAGGAGGUUUUGAGCCGGGCCGGGGUCCAUUUGAAAUAACACCAGUGGUUUGAAGCAGGGCUAUCUGUUCUCACCUCACUGUCUGAGGUUUUGGUUCCAAGGCAGUUAGUUCUAAUCGUUUUUUGUUUUGUUUUGUUUUUUUUCCCCUUCCUGUCCCCCGUGAGCACUCUUCUGCAUGUCACGUAACUCCUGAGCACUCCUCUCACUUCCUUGCUAUUUAUUCUGCGCACAGCCCCACACCCCCCCCCUUUUUUUUUUUUUUCUUCUUCUUCCCCUAAGUAAGAACGGUUGUGGCCAGGGAUCUCGGUGCAGCACAUUCUCUUCGAAGGAUCAGCUGAAACUUUGUGACGUAAUGCGGAGCCUCGGAGUCGUUCCCCCCCGUCCCCUGAAGUGUUCAGAUUGUCCCGCAAAACUGUUGAGCGGACUCCCAACUGAAUCAGGACUGUUGGCUCACAUGUACACGCGCACACACACAUCUUCCCCUCCACACUCAGAAUGGUUUUGGAUGCCUUUUUCAUCCCCUGCCCAGACGAGACCUUCCUCCUCCCAAAUCUUCCACACCCAACAUCCAUUUUGCCCUUUUCCUCCCUGAGUUCUGUCAGAUCGUCCCAGGCCAGUUAGACAUGCCCAAAAUCAAAUGUGUAGCCUCUUUUUAUGGCUUCUUUUUUUUUUUUUUUUUUUUUUUUCUCAACACAGUUGUGCACUGGAAACGAGAGGUAAAUGUCUAAACCCCCCCACCCCGCAAUUGAUUCCCCCACACGACCACAAACGCAAUUUACCGCCUCAUUUGACUGGUCCCCAAUGAGUUAAUGAAAUGCACGGCCAGUGGGUAUGUGACAGAAAGAUCUCAUAAAAGGGCAGCAAACGGUGAAUUACUUUCUCAUACUUUUUGAUUUGAUGAUAUAUUUUGGUGUUGUUAUACUAAUUUGGGAUUUGUGAAAUGUGUGCAGUUUUUCUGUUUGUUUUUGUUUCAGUGGGGUCGUGUCUACUUCAUAUCAUUGCUGCCUUUUUUUUUUUUUUUUUUUUUUUCCCCCUUCAUUUUUCUGGUGUUGUGCCUCUUUCGGACACAUCAUCAAGGUUCAGUACAAAAACCCUCAAAUUGAAGAUUUCUCAAAUGUAUGGUUAUUAAUGGUAAUAGUUGACCACUCUAUUGUUUCAUGCUUUUUAUUUUAUAAUUUUUUUUUAAACCAGUCAUUUAGAAAAAAAUCUAUUUUAAAGAAUUUUCAAAUAGCCACAGCAUAUUUCCCUGUGAUGUUGUCACAUCAGAGGGAAAUGUUCCAACGCUCCAACCUGUGUCCGUCUUUCUCCAUGCUCGCAUCCAGCUUGUUGAAAGCAGCAUAAACAAACAAACAAACAAACGCACGCACUCACUCAAUGGGGGGUGGAAACAGGACAUGGUGGGACAAGGCUUGGUCACGUCAUUCUAACAUGAUGACACACUGUCCUUUAUUUUAUUUCCUUUAAAAGUCAGAUUUUCUUUCAAACUUGAUCAUUUGUAUUAAGGUGCUGGGUAUUGUAUUCUAAUGAUUAUACUGGCUGUUGCUGUUAUAUUAUCUCUUUCAGGGUUUUUUUUUUAAAUUUUAUCUCAUUAUUAUUUUUUGUUUUUGUUUUAACAUUGCUGUAAUUUACGUUGAUUUUUAAAUGUUUUUGAGCAAAACUGUAACUGUAGUGGUUGGUUUCGGGGAGGUAAGGGAGGGGGGUCUUAAGCUCAUGUAUGUUUUUUUUUGUGCAGAGAUUCAAUGAUGAAAACUUAACAAUGAUAGUAAUAAAACUGA